GGGAAUAUGCACCGGCACUCUCCCGACUUCUUGUUGCACUGCCAGGCUAAAACAGGCGACGGCUAGAGGAGAAGGAUUUCAGCAUGGAUUAUAAGAAUGGCGCUUCUCGGCACUGGCAUCUCUGUUCUCUACACCCAUUCCCAGACUCCCUGUCGCAACCCUCCUCAGAGCCUAGGGCACACCCACCAUUUCAUUAUUUUUGUGCGCCUUCUGGUUGCUUCAUCUGCGUUGUUCGUUUACACUUUUUACACAAAGUCUCUUUCCUUAACCGAUACUACUUCAUGCAAUGGAUGCCCUCUUCUCCUUUGACCAGCAAGCAUUGCCGGCCUCUGCUGAGGGAAAGUGCCUGCUGGACUCCAUGAAGAGGUCCACAGGUUCAUUCAUGAAAGCCACCAUUCUCUGUACUAUCGACUCUGGGCUCAGCAAACUGAGUCGCUCGAUGCUCAGCACAUCAUGGACCUACCUCAUUCCUGCUGUCAAAAGCCAGAUCUCCCAAGUAUUACGUGGUGCCACCAUCGGUUCGCUGACCAUUGUCGAAGGUGACGAGUCCACGACCUUUGGCAACUCCUCCGACCAUGGCCCACACGUCGUCAUCACUGUCCUCAGUGAGCAGUUCUGGGUGCGCCUGAUGCUGGUGCAGGACCUGGGCUUUGCUGAGGCGUACAUGGCUGGCGAAAUCACUGUCAACAGCCUGGUCGAUUUUGUGCGCUUCUACAUCUACAACCGCGAUGUGCUUGACUCGUCCAACGCCUCGCCCAUCGUCACCUCGCUGAUGUAUCUGGCCAACACGCGCUUCGGCAACUCGCUGCUCAACAGCACCAGCAACAUCAGCGCGCACUACGAUCUGGGCAACGAGAUGUUUGAGAUGUUCCUCGAUGCCACCAUGACGUACUCGUGUGGGAUUUGGGCUGGGCCCGACGACACGCUGGAGGCGGCGCAGAUCCGCAAGCUGGAUAUGCUCAUCGACAAGGCGCACUUGCGGCCCACCGACUACGUGCUCGACCUCGGGUGCGGCUGGGGCUCGCUUUCCAUGCGGGCAGUCGAGCGGACUGGGUGCCGCGUUCUCGGAAUCACACUGAGCACCGAGCAGAAGGAAAUUGCCGAGCAGCGCAUCGCGCAGGCUGGCAUGAGCGACCGCAUCGAGAUCAAGCUGAUCGACUACCGCAACCUCGACCCGGCCGAGUACCAGUUCGACAAGAUCAUCUCGCUGGAGAUGGUGGAGCAUUGCAGCCGGCUUCUGAGCGCACACCACGGCGUGAUGGUGCUGCAGGCAAGCACAAUGAACGAGGAGCGGUACGAGGCGUACAAGCACAGCGUCGACUUCAUCAACAAGCACAUCUUCCCAGGUGGCCACUGCCCGAGCGUGUCGGCGCUGGUGUCGGCGGCAACCAAAGGCAGCAAGGGGUCUCUGAUGCUGGAGAGUGCAGCCAACUUCCCGGACCACUAUGCACGCACACUGCGUGCGUGGCGCGAGCGGUUCCUGCAUGGAUACGACAAGGUCCUGUCCGAGGUUGCUCCCAAGAACCCCCAGCUGAUCCUGCAGGAGCGCGAUCUAAACACCUUGGACGCAAGUGACUUGCCAAGAUCGACAGCGAGAAGAGUGAUAUGCAGUCUGCGGAACAAACCUGCCAGCUAUAACGACGUGUUCCGGCGCAAAUGGGAGUACUAUUUUGCGUACUGUGAGGGCGCAUUUGCAACUCGUACCAUUGGGUGCACACAGCUUGUGUUCACGCGUACAUAUAACGAACACCUUUCCGAUUUGCAUUUGCUGCGCCAGUGGCAUUAGCUGUAUUUUUCUGACAUCAG